ACAUAAACAUCGUUUCUCAACACUUAUUUAUUGGUACGGUGUCUUGCGCCAAAUUUCUAUAUACAUUGUGUAUUGUGAAAUUACAAGUCUUUUCAUAUAAAUUUAUUAGUUAGUACAUUAAGAAACAGUCCCAGCCCCCCUGGGGAGCAUAACAAUUAUUUGAAAGUGACGGAUAAUUAAAACUAUUAGUCAUGUCCUUUUUUGGAGCCAACACAUCGCUGGGCGCAACGAGCACGCCGGCUAAACCGGGCGGUUUGUUUGGAUCAUCAUUUGGUGCGCCCGCGCAGAAUGCAGCAGCUGCGCCUGCGUUUGGAACGCCAGCGCCAGCAUUUGGCACAACACCAAGCGCCUUUGGGGCACCCACAACAACCUCUGUCGCAGCGCCAAUCGGCACUGGUUUUGGUGGUUUUGGUGCAACUGCCACGCCAGGUCAAACCAGUUUGUUCGGUAAUCCCGUAACUAGUACGGCCCCACCAGCCUUCAGCGGCUUCGGACAGAAUACAGUUGUGAGCAGCACGCCAGCAAGUGGGUUUGCUGGCUUUGGGUCAACGACGACAACGGCGCCCACAUUUGGUGGCUUUGGAGCAACCCAGUCAGCUUUUGGUACGACUCCAUUUGGUUCCACUUUUGGCAAGCCUCCAGCCACAACAGUAACUCCUGGAUUUGGCGGAUUCGGUAAUACAAAUUUCAUGAUGGGCCAGCAACAACAGCAGCCGGUGCCCAUUUCUUCAGACGAAGCUUUUGCGCAAGCUAUCUUAAAUGUCUCUAUUUUUGGUGAUGAGCGUGACACCAUUGUGGCCAAAUGGAACUAUUUGCAAGCCUUGUGGGGUACCGGAAAGCUCUUCUAUUCGCAGAGCGCAGCACCGGUCGAUAUAACGCAAGAAAACUAUCUUUGUCGAUUUAAGGCAAUCGGAUAUAUUACGAUGCCAGGCAAGGAUAAUAAAAUGGGACUGGUUGCGCUGAAUUUUGAUAAAGAGCUUGCUGCCGUCAAGCCGCAGCAGCAACAAGUUGUGCAAACUCUGCAUAGUUUGUUUGGCAGCAAACCGAACCUAUUAGUGCACAUUGAUACUUUAAAAGAGUUGGAUAAUAAAAAGUGUCAAAUGAUUAUAUAUGUUGAGGAGAAACAAACGCAUGCACCGAACGAAAGCAAGCGUAUAUUAUCCACUGACGUGGCGAACUAUUUAAAUCAGGGGAACGUAAAACAACAACUUACGAAUAUAGGUGUUUCGGAAGUUUUGUCGCUCGUGGUGUCUGAUGAGGAUCAACUUAAGGAUUAUCUAGAGAAUCCACCACCUGGCGUAGAUCCUCGGCUUUGGAGUCAGGCUAAAUUAGAAAAUCCCGAUCCCAAAAAAUACAUACCUGUGCCUAUGAUUGGCUUCAACGAUCUAAAAUGGCGUGUCAAGUGCCAGGAACAUGAGGCCGAAACCCAUGCCCUUUAUAUAAAAAAGGUUGAGGGUGAACUGACUGAAUUGCGACAAAGAUAUGCUGCAGUCAAUGCCAAGAUACUCGAGCACAAAGGCAAGCUGGCUGAGCUAGGUCAUCGGAUACUACGAAUAAUGGUGAAACAGGAGUACACACGCAAGGUGGGGACAUCGCUUUCACCCGAGGAGGAGAUGCUGCGUACCAAAUUACAGAACCUGCAGGCCAUUGUUUCGGCGCCCACACAAUUUAGGGGCAGGCUCAGCGAGUUGCUCUCACAGAUGCGCAUGAAGCGCAACCAAUUUUCUGCCAUUGGCAGCACCGAAUAUAUUCUAGAUAAAGAGGCCGAGAAUGAUAUGAAGGCCUUCCUGAACAUGCAACAGCGUGCCAUGGAAGUUUUAAGUGAAACCAUAAACAAGGACUUAAAGUCGCUGGAUAUAAUCAUGCAAGGAUUACCAGAACUUCGUCGGGCAUCAACAAACAGCCAUUAGAUUUCAAAACUUAUUUAUUAAUGCACACAAUAGCAAAAAAAUAAGAGUCAAUGAUCACUUUUUGGCAUUUGACUGUGGAUUGGCGUUGUUUUACAUUUCCUGUAACUUUGAACUUGCUCUUUUAUAGCUGACUCGACAACAGCACGCAAAUAAAGAAAUAGUAACAAUCGAAA